CUACAUAUUUGAUCUAGUUUAUAUAUACGAGCGUCGGAGAUGGAAAUCGAUCGGACUAACUCUACGGGAGAAGCAGGUGGCGACGACGACGACGCAGUCACGAUAGGAGAGGCGCUGGAAGCGACAGCCCUCUCCGCGGGAAACAAGGCGAUUGACAAGAGUGACGUUGCCGCGAUACAAGCGGCAGAGGAUCGCGCAACCGGGCUUGGCCACCUUGUGCCCGGUGGCAUCGGCGCAGAAGCUGAAUCUGCGGCCGCAUACAACAUGAAGACUACGAGGGGUGAAGAGAAGACCACGCUCGCUGACGUUUUGACCGAUGCUAGUGAGAAAUUGGUGGGCGAUAAGGCGGUGACAAGGGAAGAUGCGCAAAGGGUGAUAUAUGCGGAGCUGAGGAACAAUGAUGAUCAACCCACGAACCCAGGCGGCGUCGCCGCAAACGUCGCGGCCGCUGCCAGGCUUAAUCAGAAGUGAUUCUUUUUUAUAGGAAAAUGAAUAUAAAUUUAAUGAUACUGUCAAGACCCUUUGGCCUCGGAUAUCAACGACUUCACUACUAGGUCAACUCACACACAUGACAAACAUGUUCUUUUGUAUUCCCAUCCUUCCGUCCCACUCUAAGUGGAGCAUUUUUAAGUCCGCACGAGAUUUUAUGUAAUGUUUUUUUGUGAGUAAAGUGUAGAGAAUAAAGUAAGAGAUAGAGAAAAAGUAGAGAAAGUGAUGUUUCUAUAUUUAGAAAUGUGUCAUUUAGAUUGAGACAUCCCAAAAAGAAAAAUGCAUCAAUUAGAGUGGGACGGAUGGAGUAUGUAAAUAUGGUGGAUACUUGCUAAUGUUG